CCGCGCGCCAGCAAAGCGAGACCAGUGCGAAAAAUUCACCGAAAGCUAGUCCAGACUGCUUCCUGACCCGUUUUGUAGAGGAAGUUGUCUCCGAGCGCCCCGACGUGCACGGAGAGGAGGGGAUUUUCUUUCUUUGCACAACUGCCCCGACAUUUGCACACGAACUGGGCGGGUGAAGUUUUCUGCGUGAUUGAGGAGCUUCUCGGUGUUUAAGUGUUAUUAGGGAGCAGCAGCACACCGCGUCGUGCCACACGGGGAGGAGAGGAGAGAGGGCAGAAGUUUCCGCUGGCUUGUUUUGUCGCUGCGCGGCUGCUAAAUCCACAGGAAUGUCGCAGAAGGAGAGACCCACUUUCUACCGACAGGAGCUCAACAAAACCGUGUGGGAGGUCCCGGAGCGGUACCAGAACCUGUCUCCAGUCGGCUCCGGUGCUUACGGAUCCGUAUGUUCGGCAUAUGACGAGAAGUCAGGCCUGAAGAUAGCAGUGAAGAAGUUGUCCAGACCCUUCCAGUCCAUCAUCCACGCAAAGAGAACCUACAGAGAGCUGCGGCUGCUCAAACACAUGAAGCACGAGAAUGUGAUCGGACUAUUAGAUGUUUUCACACCAGCGACAAGUUUAGAGGAGUUCAAUGAUGUGUACUUGGUGACCCACCUAAUGGGUGCAGACCUCAACAACAUCGUCAAGUGUCAAAAGCUGACAGAUGACCACGUCCAGUUUCUCAUCUACCAGAUUCUCAGAGGCUUAAAGUACAUCCAUUCUGCAGAUAUCAUCCACAGAGACUUGAAGCCCAGUAAUCUGGCUGUAAAUGAAGACUGUGAGCUCAAGAUCCUGGACUUUGGUUUGGCACGGCACACAGAUGACGAGAUGACGGGCUACGUAGCCACGCGGUGGUACCGAGCCCCGGAGAUCAUGCUCAACUGGAUGCACUACAACAUGACAGUGGAUAUCUGGUCGGUGGGCUGCAUCAUGGCUGAACUACUCACUGGACAGACGCUCUUCCCUGGCACAGACCAUAUAAACCAGCUGCAGCAGAUAAUGCGCCUGACGGGGACGCCCCCAGCCUCCCUCAUAAGCAGGAUGCCCAGCCAUGAGGCGAGGAAUUACAUUAACUCACUUGCCCACAUGCCCAAGAGGAACUUCGCUGAUGUGUUUAUUGGUGCCAAUCCUCUCGCGGUGGACUUGCUAGAGAAAAUGCUGGUGCUGGACACAGACAAACGUAUCACGGCAUCUGAGGCUCUGGCCCACCCGUACUUUGCCCAGUACCACGAUCCAGACGACGAGCCCGAAGCGGAGCCUUACGACCAGAGCUUCGAAAGCCGCGAGCUGGAAAUUGAGGAAUGGAAGAGGUUAACCUACGAGGAGGUACUCAGUUUUGAGCCACCAUCGUUCGAUGGAGAUGAGAUGGAAUCCUGAGGAGGAGGAGGCACCUUUUCUUCCAUCUUUUUGUUUUCCAGGAAACACUCUUUAAAGACUAUCAGUCUCUUGUGACUAUCCACCACUUUUUUCACACACACACACACACACACACACACACACACACACACACACACAGAACCAUGACAUUCAAGUGCCUGCCGUCAUUCAUCUCCGGGGGACGUUGUUUUAUCAGGGAUAAAACUUGACAUCUUGUUCCUUCUGUCCCCCACUUUGCUGUUUUUGUUACUCUGCAUCCCAGACUUUUAAUCUUCCUUAUAUUUUUAGUGAGUUUUUACCUCAGACAUUUAUUGUUUGUAUUGAUCCCCUCUUUGAUUCAGAAAACUAUAAACUACAUGGACAAAUUGAACUGCUAAUACGGAUUUUAUAAAAAUGUUCUACGUAGCAGGAAUUAAUAAUAUAAGAUAAAGUUUGAUUGAAACGUUUCAGUCAGCGGUGUGUCUAAAGUUUAUCUUUCUUCCACACAUUAAGAUUAAAUAUUAUUUCUAUCAUUGCAUAGAACUGUGUAAAUAUGGCAAACAGUAUUUGUACAUAAGUUCUUCAGUCGAACCAGUUACCGUAUUUGUGUAUUAGUCAUAUUUGCUGAGUCAUACCUCAGCUGAGCCCUUUGACAGUAUGAAUUUUAUUACUAGAGUUUAGCCUAAAGUGGCAUAUAAAAAGAUACAGUAUGUAAUUUAUUAGAAGUAUGUAAAGGAUAGGCUUAAAUAUUAAAAUAUUUACCUCUACACAGCAAAUUUAGGGCUUCAUAUUUCUUAGUUUUGGAUUUGAAGGCUAACAGUGUCAUUUUUUUAACCAAAAUAUGAGUUUGGAGACUUAGCUUAUGUAUCCAUUUCACCUGCUUAACAUCUGUGUAGCUUGUUCUCGUUUCUCCAUAUCAAUUCUUCUUUUAGCACUUCAGUUCUGUCGUUUCAGAGGAAUGUUACAGUCCCCAUUAUCACAGCCUCCAGUUUCGCAUGAUGAAGCCAGAUUUGGCUCUUUAGUUUAUCAAAAUGUGCUGUUUUCCACCACAACACCAACUGACAAUGUACUUUAAUCAUAUUGCAUUUAUAAAAACACAGUACUAUUAAUGUUUAUUGAAUGUUGGGGGGCACCAGUCUGCCCUGUAUUUAUGAUCUUUUUGUUAUGUUGUUUGUAUAUCGAUGUAAAAGAGAAUAUUAUUUGUCAGAAUUUAAGGUUCUUUUUAUUAUUUAUGGAAAGCUUACCGUUUCAAAAACCAAACGCACCGUCAAUAAUCUCAAAUAUCAGUCAAGCUGUGGUGACUGCAGUUACAGCUUGUGUAUCAGAGCCAACAAUAUUAUUAAGGUGUUGUGGACAACCUUAGAAUUUUAAUCAGUUUUAUAAAUUCUGAGCAUUUUGGAGGUGUUCCAGUUCAUUUUUUCUCUUUAGUUAAAAGCAAUUCUUGAACAACCCCGAGGUACUGCCCUCCAAAAGUAUCCUAUUUUUUUUAUAAUUUCAUUAAAAUACAUCAAAGCAAAAUAUGUAUUACAACUACGCCAACAUUUUGUAUUGACAUACAAACCACUAAACAGUAGACCCCUUGUUCUGAAGUGUACUACAAACAUUAAAAUGUUUUUAUUUGAACUAUUUUGGGAGUCAAAUUACCUUGUGACAUACAAGCUAUAUCCACAGUUGCUCUGGCUAAUGUCAACCAAACAUCAGUGUCUUCACAGUCUCAUUUGCAAUAGCUCGUUUUCAUGUAGUGCUUUUUUUUCCUCUAAUGUAUUAUUUUAUUCUUUUGUGUGUUAAAUCAAAAUUUGAUGUUAUUCUGUGAUUCUUGUAAUAUUGAUUGUUUUUUGAGUAAUGCUAGAACUAUAUUUGUCAUUCUUUUGAAUAAUUUAGCAGGGCACAUGUUUGUGGGAAAGAGUGUACGUUUACUCACUGGAUGCUGAAGGGCAAUGCUGAAGCCUCAUUCUUUGUAGUUUUACGACAACUGCACACGUUAGGUAGGAUAUUUAUCUUUUUCCAUAUCCAAAUGUCAGUUUGGUCAUUGGUUAUGCUUUCUUUGCCUGAGAUGUGUUCAUAUCUUUUUACUAUGUGCUUUAUGACAUGUACCAAGACAGCACGUCACGCCACCUGUAAAUAUCACCAUAAGAAAAUAAAGGCUACUAUUUUUCAAACCUGUAA